UCGCCGCUGUUCGCCAACUCUUUGCGCCUCCCCCCUCCCCCUCCCUCUCCGUCUCACUCCGCGGUUGGGGAAGCGAAGGGGGAGCACUAGAGCACAGAGACUGUUGCUCUGUCUCCCUCCUACCGAGCUCCGAGUCCCGCAGCGGAGACUCAAACUAAAGAACACUUGAAGAAAGAAGGACUAUAUUAGAGCACCAAACGUUGCUGACAGCUCUCUUUUUUCAGUUCUGUGUAAGACGCGGCUUGUUCUCUUCGUCUUGAACGCACAGUCAUCAAGCUAUUAUCCGCUUUCCAAGAAAAAACAAGAACAAAUGAAAUAAUUGAGUAGAUAAAAAAUAAGUAGACCAAGCAGGCGAGCAGGUCGGUUGGAUGAGUUGUGUUGGAUGUUAUUUCCUGGAUUUUCCGUUUCCUGCGACCGAGGGGGACAGCAACAGUGUGUGGAAAAGUAGAUUUGAAUGUUAAACAUAUGGCUUCGACGGGGAUAACACGCUGGAUGCUUGCUGAAGCAAGGUGCUGAGGAUGGUUAGAACGCGAUUGAUGGCGGCGCCGUCACGAGGCCGGGUCAGAUGGAUGAAUGUAAUGAGAACCGGAGUCCUUCAUCUCCUGCUGCUAUCAGCCUGUCUCGGCCAAGAUCCAGAAGACUGGCAAUACGAGGAAUGUAAACUUUCCCGUUCUGGUCCUCCUGCUACCAUCGUUGCCAUAGAUGAAGAAAGCCCCAACGGCACAUUGUUGGUGGAGAACAUGCAGAUCAAUGGUGUGGCCGAGGGUCCAGAUCGUACAAUCUCUUUGUCUCUAAGAGACAACCAUGACUUCUGGGUGAUUCUGGAUCCUGCCACACAGGCACUUUACCUAAACAGCACUGGACGGGUUCUUGAUCGAGAUCCACCAUCGUAUAUUCAGUCCAUCGUGGUCCAGGUCCAGUGCACCAAUGAGCUGAUCGGCACUGUGAUUUUACAUGAGGUGCGCAUUGUUGUCCGAGACCGCAACGACAACGCACCGCAUUUCCAGCAGCCUCGCUACUAUGUCGCCAUCAGUGAGCUAACCCCUGUAGGAACAACUAUCUUCUCUGGUUUCUCUGGGAACAAUGGCGCAACAGACAUUGAUGAUGGCCCCAAUGGACAGAUAGAGUACACCAUCCAGUACAACCCGAAAGAUCCGACUGCCAACAGAACCUUUGACAUCCCCCUGACUUUGUUUGGCUCCGUGGUCUUAAGAGAACGCCUAAACUAUGAGGAGAUAACGCGAUACUUGGUCAUUAUACAAGCAAAUGACCGGGCACCUUCUCAGAGUGACCGGCGAACAGCCACUACCACACUGACCGUGGAUGUGCUCGAUGGAGACGACCUGGGUCCCAUGUUUCUACCUUGUACCCUUGUGGGAAACACCCGUGACUGUAGUCCCAUCACGUAUUUGGCCAGUGUUCUGGAGCUGACAGAGCCUAAUAAGACAAAUCCCCUGAAUGUGACCCCACCUAUUCAAGCUGUGGACCAGGACAGAAACAUACAGCCUCCGUCUGAGCGACCAGGGAUCCUGUACUCCAUCCUGAUUGGCAAACCAGCAUCCUAUGCAGAAUAUUUCAGUUUAAACAGAACCACAGCAGAACUCAUGCUGCUUAAACCCAUUGACAGGGAGCUCUACCGCAGAUUUGAUCUGGUUAUCAAGGUGCACAGCUAG